CGGGUCCUGGGCAGCUCCAUCCGUCCAAAUGGGAGCUGAGUUUGCAAGCUGACAGAGGAUGCAAAGGGCUGGUGGUGCUGAUGUCAGAGCCAGAAGACAGUUGUGAUUGGACCUAAUUAGACUUUGCAGCAGCAAAUAGACAAGCUCCCUGCGUGAUUGGCUUCAAAGUGGCUGGUGCCAAACAACUAGCAGAGGUGCCAAAGUAGAAGCCCUGCGUCUGGAGCCCAGAUCAAGAGAGGCCGCCCGGAAGAGGAGGAGAGCCGGGGAGGGAGCGCCCACGGCGCCCGGCGCACCUUUCCUUCCCAGCGCGUCCUGUUGUCCUGCCGCGGCGCGCGGAGCUGCUGGCCGGCGGUGGGCUCUCAGCCCAGCCCCAGCCGGUGACAGAGAACAAUUAGGGGGAAGGAGGCGGGAGCGAGCGAGGAGGGCUCCGUCCUAAAAAGUGAGCCCCGCCGCCUGGUUUGCAGAAGCGGGGAGCGGCGGCGGUGCAGGAGCAGGAAAGGUGAGCUGCUGGGAGGCAGGAUCCCCUCCCGCGCCCGUGCGGAGCCCCAGCCAUGGCAUCCGUCCUGGGGACCAGCAGAGGGUCCGGAGGGCUGAGCGGCCAACUCAGAUGCAAGUCUAAGAGGCGGCGGCGGCGGCGGUCGAAGAGGAAAGACAAAGUAAGCAUGUUGUCAGCCUUGAUCGCUCCCUUCAAGCACUUAAGCCCCGAGGCCACAAACACGGAGGAUGAAGACAAUCUAAGUACCAGCAGCGCCGACGUGAAAGAGAACCGCAACGUGAGCAACCUGGAGGCCCGGCCCCUGCCCGCGGGCGACAGGGCCCGGGGGGGCGCACCCAGCGUGAAGAGGAAGCGGCCCCUGGAGGAGGGCAACGGCAGCCACCUGUGCCAGCUGCAGCUCAUCUGGAAGAAGCUGUCAUGGUCCGUGGCGCCCAAGAACGCGCUGGUGCAGCUGCACGACCUGCGCCCGGGCCUGCAGUACCGCAUGGUGUCGCAGACCGGCCCGGUGCACGCGCCCGUGUUCGCCGUGGCUGUGGAGGUGAACGGCCUCACCUUCGAGGGCACCGGGCCCACCAAAAAGAAAGCCAAGAUGCGGGCAGCGGAGCUGGCCCUGCGGUCUUUCGUGCAGUUCCCCAACGCCUGCCAGGCUCAGCUGGCCAUGGGCGGCGGCGUGGGGCCGUCCCCGGACUUCACCUCCGACCAGGCCGACUUCCCCGACACGCUGUUCAAGCAGUUCGAGCCCGCGGCGCCCCCGGAGGCCUUCCCAGGCCGCUGCCCCGCGGACGCGGCGCUGCUGGGCUCGGGCUGCCGGCGCGGGCGGCUGCUCUGCCCGCCCCUGGACCUGGUGGGCGCCGCCCCGCGCGACCGCAACCCCGUGGUGGUGCUCAACGAGCUGCGCUCCGGCCUGCGCUACGUGUGCCUCGCCGAGCCUGCCGACGGCCAGCGCGCCAAGGGCUUCGUCAUGGCCGUGAGCGUGGACGGCAGGACGUUCGAGGGCUCGGGCCGCAGCAAGAAGCUGGCCAAGGGCCAGGCGGCGCGGGCGGCCCUGCAGGCCCUCUUCGACAUCCGCCUGCCCGGCCACGCGCCCAGCAGGCCUCGGAGCCCGCUGCUGCCCCAGGAAUUCGCAGACUCCGUGUCCCAGCUGGUCACGCAGAAGUUCCGCGAGCUGACCGUGGGCCUGGCGUCCGCGCACGCCCGCCACAAGGCCCUGGCAGGAAUCGUCAUGACCACAGGCCUGGAUGUCAGGCAGGCGCAGGUGGUCGUCCUGUCAUCGGGGACCAAGUGCAUCAGCGGCGAGUACCUCAACGACCAGGGGCUGGUGGUGAACGACUGCCACGCAGAGAUCGUGGCCAGGCGGGCGCUGGUGCACUUCAUGUACGCGCAGCUGGAGCUGCACCUGAGCAAGCGGCGCGAGGACUCGGAGCACUCGAUAUUCGAGCGGUCCAAGGACGGCGGCUACCGGCUGAGAGACAACGUGCUGUUCCACCUGUACGUGAGCACGUCCCCCUGCGGAGACGCCAGGCUGCACUCGCCCUACGAGAUCACGGCGGACCUGAACAGCAGCAAGCACAUCGUCAGGAAGCUCCGCGGGCACCUGCGCACGAAGAUCGAGUCUGGGGAAGGGACAGUCCCCGUGCGGGGCCCCAGCGCGGUGCAGACGUGGGACGGCGUCCUGCUGGGUGAGCAGCUCGUCACCAUGUCCUGCACCGACAAGAUCGCCAGGUGGAAUGUGCUGGGCCUGCAGGGCGCGCUGCUGUGCCACUUCAUCGAGCCCGUGUACCUGCACAGCAUCAUCGUGGGGAGUCUGCACCACACGGGCCACCUGUCCCGGGUCAUGAGCCACCGGACCGAGGACAUCGGCCAGCUGCCCACCUCCUACCGGCACAAUCGGCCCCUCCUCAGCGGAGUGAGCCACGCGGAGGCACGCCAGCCGGGGAAGUCGCCGCACUUCAGCGUGAACUGGGUGAUGGGCAACGCAGACGUGGAGGUCAUCGACGGCACCACGGGCAAGAGGAGCUGCGGGGGCUCGUCGCGGCUCUGCAAGCACGUGUUCUCGGCGCGGUGGGCCAGGCUCUACGGAAAGCUGAGCACGCGGAUCCCGAGCCCGGGAGACACGCCGUCCAUGUACUGUGAGGCCAAGCGGGGCGCGGGCACCUACCAGUCCGUGAAGCAGCAGCUGUUCCAGGCGUUCCAGAAGGCGGGGCUGGGCACCUGGGUGAGAAAGCCGCCCGAGCAGGACCAGUUCCUCCUGACGCUCUGAGCCGGACGAGCUCCCGGGCGGAGCGAGCGCCCGGACAGGGCAGGGCAGGGCAGGGCGAGCGGGCGCCAGCGCGGCCAGCGGCGGGGCUCCCUGGCUCUUCGCACUCAUUUCCCUUUGGCGUUCCAGAAGCACGCGCGGGCGGCGCCCCAUGGGCUCCCGGACUCCCGCUCGGAGCCUGGGGCUCCCCAGGGGGCUGCUCCCUCGUGGUCAGAGCCCAGGCACCCCAGCCCGGAGGCAAGGGCACCGCCGCACGGCUCUUCCCACUGCGUCCAACGGAAAGUUUCCGUCCAGGCCGAAGGGUCUUGGGUGCGGCCGUGCCCAGCGGAGCCUCGUCCCACCCCACGCCCCCCGCCCGCCACGCGCCCGCAGCACCGCGCCCGGUUCUCACGAGCACAAGCCGACGCGAUACUUCAGGAUAAGCCACAAUGAAGAGAAAAGCCAUGGGCUCCUCCCCAAAGAAGCCAACAGGACGCUCGACCACCCUCAUCACCCACUUAAGUUUUUACUCCACCUCCUUCCCAAGCGGAUGGGAGACGCGCAAGCACUGAGGAAGCCGAGAAGCAGGACGGGAGACGCGGACCCGGAGUCGCAGAGCGCGUGCGCCCCGGCCUGGGUCCCAGGGGUGGGCUCCCAGGAUGCGGCCCGCAGGUGCCCUCGGCCGCCGGCUGCACCCGGGGCCUGCAGGUGACGAGCUAACGGGGGCCCCGGCCAGACCACGCUCCGACUUUCCCUGAAAUCCCAUUAGACGGUGAGCAAGCUCGACAGAGCCUCAGCAACAACCUCCACCCCGGGGCUGCAGGGCCACCAGCUCUCCCCGCCUUCGUCCCCCGGUCACCGUCCCGCAUGACGGAAACAAAGCACACAGAGCAGCGGCUGAAACACGAGGGGUGGGAUGGUGUCCUGCUGAGAGUGGGCGAUGGCGUGGGGCCAUGUGGGGUCCGUCCCUCGGCCCCGGCAGGGCUCCGCUCUGACCACAAGGAU